AUGAGUAGAAAAGAUAAUGAAAUUGAUUUGGACAAAUUCAUUUCACACGAUGCAGAAACAAAUAUUGGUCAAUGUUUAGUUCCCGAAUGCCACACAGUAUUCAUAGGAAAAAAGAAAAUUGCCAUUAAACGGCAUUAUCGCAUUGCCCAUUGUAUGAAUAUAGAAGAAAUUGAUAAUACAGAGCAAACAAUACAAAUUCACAAUAACGCUGAAAGGGGGGAGAGUAACCCACCUGUUCUAUAUAGUAUUAAAUAUCUCAAUGAUAAUCCAAAGGGGAAAAAUAACAAGUCAAAUAAUAAUGACCAACAACAAGAUUCAUUGGAGGAGGAUAAAGGUUAUAGAACAUUUCUGGUAGCCGAUUAUGUGGAGUAUAAUAAAGAAACCAAUAUUUCGAAAUGUUUGAUAAAAAAUUGCGAAAGGCCUAUGAGUGGGCGCAGAACUGGCAAUAUCAAAAGACAUUAUCAUAAAGUACACAAUUUUGUCAUAGUGCAUGAUAAUCAGGAAACGAUUUGCGCCAUAGAUAAGGAAUUGUCCGAAUAUUACAAUAAUGAUACAUUCGGUGAUAGUAGGAUGGAGGAAGAAGAAAUUGAAGAAGACGAAGAAGAAAUGUCUGAAGCAACCGAACAGCCACCAGUUAACUUUGAUCUGUAUAUAGAUUAUGACCCUUUGAUCAAUAAAUCGCUAUGUAAAGUGCCGGGCUGUAAGGCCUAUCUAGUUGGCAAGAAACCAUUUAGCAUUAAACGCCACUACGGUCUUGUACACAAUUAUGACAUAGAAUCGAAUGGCACAAAACUUUUUGAUAAAUCAAAAUACUCCCUAAUCAACAAUGGUCACUUAUUAAAUACCUCCAUCAUAGCGGUGGAUGAUUUGGUAGCCUAUGAUAUAAAAUCUGCCUCGUUUCAGUGUUUAUUUAUCAAUUGUAAUCACAUUUUGGUAAAGCACUUGCCCUCUAUUAAAAAACAUUACCAUGAGAAUCAUAAAAUCAUCAUAGCCAGAGAUUCGUGUAAUAUACCUCAACGUUUUUAUAGAAAACGUAAACAUCGCGAUAUGCAGUACCCCUAUGACAGGGAAUUCGCCACAGAAGACGGGGAUUUUAGGUAUGGAACGGAGUCGUCGUCUGGCUUAAUUAAAAACGAAUUGUUAAGCGAGGACGAACAGGUUGCACAUUGCUCCAAAAGGCCAAAUAAAAAUUUAACUGAUUAUAUGAAAGAAAUGGCCUCAUGUUCCAUUAAAAAGGAAAACAAUAAUAAUAAUAAAUUAAAGGAAAUGUUAGAGAAACCUAAUAAAGUAUACAAUAUAAGGGAAAAAUCUACUAAAAUAGAAAUAACUUUAACAAAACAGUCAUUUUUUAAACUAUGUUUGGGCUUAGUAAUUGAACGCGAUGUAUCUAUAAAACUAUUUGAUGACGACAAAUAUUUUAAACCCAUAUUGGCUCCCUAUGAACAAGUAUUUGAUUUUAAUAUAAAUGGUACUGUAAUUGAGGAUCUUUUAAAUAAAGCAAAUACUAUUAUUGUGGCAGAUUUAAGGAAAACAUUCACCAAUAAAAUUGUUUGUUUGGAAUUGCAUAUGGUAAAACGUGACAAUAAUUAUUAUAUGAUUAUUAAUAUAAGAUUUCUUGAGGAACAAACGAUAUGCAAUAAAUUAAUCGGAUUUUUACCCAUAAAUGAAACCACAAAAACCUUACCCAUUGCUGAAUGUCUAAGCAAGUUUAACAUCGAUGAGCAACAAGUUUAUAUGAAAACAAUCAUGGCUGGCUUACAAAAAGAUGAAGAAAUUUACAAAAUUUGUAAUCAAAUAUGUAAACAUAAUCCAGAUAUAAAACAUCAUCCUAUAUACGAUCUACAAAUAAUAUUAAGAACUUUUGUAGAAAAAUAUUCUGAAGAUAUUAAAACAUGGCAAGUACUAAGCGAAUACCAGGAAAACUCAACUAAGGAUAUGUUGACAAAUUUAAAAGAAUUUACACAGUAUUUGGAAAAUUGGUCAAAAAGUGACAUAAAUCUGCAAAAAGCUAAAUAUUUCUUUAAAGCCUUGCAAAUAUUUCUGAAUUUUAUGGAAAAAUUGGGUGGAGCACAGUAUGUGGCCGGUGACUUAUAUCGUGAUUGUUUGUGCUGUGAAUUAGAAUUGAAAGGAGAAUUAACGAAAAACAAUAACAUAUAUGCGGGUGAAUUAUAUGAGGAAUUGUCUGUCAUCAAAAAUAGUUUAUUGGAAAGUAGUGAAUUUAUAGCAGCUUUGUACCUGGAUGCAAGAUUUAACUUUUUGGGCUCGCGUUUAUUAAGUGAUGCUCAGAAAUCAAAGGGCCAGUUAUUCCUAAGCGCCUUAUGGGAAAAGUUUAAUAAUUACCUGAAGUCUGCAAAUAUUGGCCUUGAUCCUUUAAUCAACGACGAUUCAAACGAUGAUGAUGAAUACGCUCUGCUCACCCAACAUAUUAACGAUACUAUGCCCUUAAAAUCAAGCUUAUGUAUGCAGGAUAAGCUAACUAAUUGUGUGCCCACAAAAAGGGAACCAUUUAGUUUGGAUAUUUUAAAGUACUGGCAUAGUAAUCGCCAGUUUAUGGAAGAUAUAAAUGAAUUAACCAAAAUCGUGUUUACACAUUCUGCUUCUCAAUAUAUUUUAAAAUAUUUGCCAACUGAUUUUGCUGUUUUCCGUGAAGACUCAAAUAAAUUUGAUAGAUUUCUUAUGAAAUUUAAUCAAAAUAUUUUAGAUAAGAAUUCGUUAGGAAUUUUUGAAAAUUUUAAUUAAAUUUAAUUUUAUGUGAGAUAAAAUAUAGAAAUUAAUUAUUAUUAAUAAUAACAUUUAAAUUUAGUUACGAACAUUUUGUUAAAUAAACUUAUGAUAGGUAAA